UAAACUUUUUAUUUUUAUUUUGUGUAAUUCCGAAUUUGUACAAAGACUGAUCAAUUGGCAAAAGGAAGAUAAAUCCGAACAAGAAAGCAUGAAAAUAGCAAAGCAAGAGGAGGGAUACAAAGCAGUAUCAUAUAUAAAAGUCAUUAUAGAGCAACAUUCUCAAUCUAAAUCCACCAUCCCCAUCCCCCCUCACAUAACUAAGAUGCGUCUCUUACCAACUACAAUUCUAGUAGCUUUGGCUCUGAGUGUGGUUGCCAACUCAAUCGUUGUACCGAUCAAUAAGGCACCUUAUGCAAAACGUGCAAUUUUGGAACCUGAACAAAAUGUUCCAAUUCCCGAUAAAGAAGCACAAGAAAGUGCAAUUCAUAAACGUAUUGCAAAACAUUUACGUCAAACAGGAUUUGAAAAAAAGGAUAUGAUGAGAGUAUUCUCGACAACUAGCUCAACGGGAACAAAUCCAAGUAAAGGAAACACAGUCGUUGAACCAAUUCGAGGUGAUAAAGGAUAUCAUUUCUUACACGAAUCAAACACUCCUAUCGAUAAACAAAAUUUGGAUUAUCUUCAUCCACCUUCAACCGAUCAAGGUAACCUUCCAAACACAAAAUGGUCAUUCUCACUCUCACAUACACGAUUACUCAAAGGUGGUUGGGUACGUGAACAAACUGUGACCGAUCUUCCUGCAAGCAAACAAGUUUCAGCGGCUGAAUUGGUACUUGCUCCUUAUGCAUUUAGAGAACUUCAUUGGCAUCGUGUGUCAGAGUGGGCGUUCAUGUUUAAUGGAACAGUUCGUUUGACAGGUAUUGAUCAAGAUGGCGGAAAUUAUAUUGAUGAUGUUAACGCAGGCGAUUUGUGGGCGUUCCCGGGAGGCGUGCCGCACACUCUUCAAGCGGGACCUGAGGGAGCUUCCUUUUUACUCGUCUUCGAUGAUGGUGACUUUGAUGCUGAUGGAACAACGUUUAUGGUAGAUGAUUGGAUUGCGCAUACACCUAAAGAAGUCCUCGCCGAAAAUCUUGGUUGGAAUCAAUCCGUAUUUGAACAAAUUCCCACGCCUGAUCCCUACAUGGUUCCAGGAACGGAAGAAUCUUGGACUUCCCUCGCAGAUGCACGGGAAUCGAUCGGUGAGAACCCAGCCGGUGGUACAUCAACACCGUUUGCAUAUCAUUUGAGUAAGGUUGAACCGACAAAAGCGCCCGGAGGAGGCGGUUGGGUGAAAAUUACCGAUUACAAAUCUUUCAAUGCAAGUCGUACUUUGGCUUCCGCCAUCGUUCAUGUCGAACCUGGAGCAUUAAGAGAAUUACAUUGGCAUAAAGAUGUUGAAUGGGGAUACGUAAUUCAAGGUCAGGGACGAGCAACGGCAUUCUCAGGUAACGCAAAAGCUCGUACAUUUGAUGUACAGGCUGGAGAUUCCUGGGUGUUCACUACAAACUUUGGUCAUUAUAUCCAAAAUACUGGAUCGGAGCCGUUGGAAUUCAUUGAAAUUCUCCGAGGUCACAAUUUCGAUGACACUGUUCUUUUCAACGAGUUCACAUUGAAUCAAUGGUUAGCAUUGAAUCCUCCAAGUUAUGUUGCUCAACAAUUGAACGUUAGCGUUGAUCUCGUUAAGCAACUACGCAAGGAAAAGCAACAAGUUAUUGCAGCCCGUAAUUAAGGAACAACAGAUCAAUGUUCCCUCUUUAAGAUCGUAAAAAGAACAAUGUAAACAAACAAUCUUCUCACGGACGUAUUAUUGAAUAAACAAAUUAAAUCUUUAUCCUUU